CUCGCCCGGAGUCCGCUCAUUUGCGCUCAUGGACUUCUUUGCGACGGGCGGAUUCCAGCAGCUUUACAGCGACUUGGACGAGGAGCCACUGGCCGGCGGCGAUGCCCUGCUCAAUAAUGCGGCCAGUGUCGUAGACUUCGGGUGCCCCUAUGCCAUGGAUAGCGGCUUUGCCGGCGGCUCUGGCCAUCACCUGGAUGGCGAGGAGUCGGAUUACUACGGCAUCAUCACGCUGGACAGCAACAACAAUGGCAACAUUCAGGUGGAUCUGCCCUACACAGAGGAUCCCUCCCUGUUCAUAGACUUCAAUGAGCUGACCGUGUGUCCGCCGGAUCUUAGCGACUGGGAACAGCGUCUGUUGGAUAACUUCGUGGAGAUCCCAGAGCUGGUGGACUUUCUGCCGGAGCGGACUCCUCUCUGCACGGAUAACUGCGCGGACUUCCUGGAGGAGAGCAAUAGCAACCUCCGGCUGGCGGGGCCACCGCCUGAGACUUCACCUGGAGGCAGCUGUAGUCCCGCGAGUCCUGCGGAAGCACCUGUCCCACCCUCAGCACCUGCCCUCCAGAUGAGCGAGAACGCCGCCGGCGAACGGGGCUACCUGUGCACCUUCGGCAGCUGCGAGAAGAUCUACGCCAAGCCCGCCCACCUCAAGGCCCACCUGCGAAGGCAUCUGGGCGAGAAGCCCUACGUCUGCAGCUGGCCAGAGUGCGUCUGGCGCUUCUCUCGAUCCGACGAGCUGGCCCGCCACAAGCGCUCCCACUCCGGCGUGAAGCCCUACAAGUGCGACUACUGCUCCAAGUGCUUCGCCAGGUCGGACCACCUCACCAAGCACCGCAAGGUGCACGAGAGGCGACUCCAGGCCGCCUCCAGGGCCGGUAGACUCAUCUCCGACGACCUCUAUGCCGUGCGACCGGGUCGGAAGCGGAAAAACCAGCUCUGAAAGUGUCAUUCCCCAAAACCCACUUUUUUUGGGUUGUCCAAAAAUUCACAAAUAGUCCUAA